UCCUUCCUUGUUCCCUGUUUUAUUAACAGUUUCGCGUCCAAGGUUGACGCGCGGUCGUUUGGCGCAAGUGUACAUUAAAUGGUAAUAUAGUCGGUGGCGAAUAAUAAAACAAGAAUUUGCAUAACGCCGCAGAGGGGGAAAAGAGGGUAAAAAAGACACGCCGCUCGUCGUCUUAUCUCUGUAAAUAAUCCCGGAAUGGGUAGACGAUACUACUGCGACUACUGCGAUCGGUCCUUCAAAGACGACCCGGAAGCGAGAAAAAAACACUUGUCGAGUAUCCAGCACUCGAGAAAUCGCACCGAGCAUUACGACCGGUUCAAAGACGCAGCCGUUAUACUGAAGGAAGAGUCCGCGAAAACACCAUGCAAGCGUUUCAUCACUCAGGGUGAUUGCGCCUUCGGGAGCGGGUGCAGAUUCUCCCAUUACACACCGCACAUGAUGUGGGAGCUGGAGCAGCACGUACUCGCAAGGGAACGGCAGAGCUUGCAAGGGGUGGAUUUACCGCCUCUGGCCUCCGAGGCGAUCGACGAGCUUCUCGAGGGAGGAACGGAGGCGGGAGACCAGGUCCGAAGGAGCUUCGUACCCCGGUGGAACUACCCCGUUGAGCUUCAGAGCUUUUCCAAUCUGCCGCCAUCGCUGUGGCCGAUAACGCCUGACUCGAUAAGGGAUACGAAUUUUGGAAAAUGGGGCUUUUAGUCGACCGAAGGAUGAAGCAUGAUCCGUGAUGUUAGAGACUCGACAAACUCGGGUGGGAGUAAAAACAUGGAAAGAUCGAAAAAUCGAAGAGUCACGGUAUUGAAUUUUUAAA